GGAUAGCAGAGAAUUUCCAGGAGCAGAGGAGGAAGGAAUCCUGACCAACAGCUUCUCAAGGAAACACUUGACUGUAAAGGCAAAUAUCAAGAACUACCAUGGGAGCUGCCAUCACAAAAAACAUGGUAACAGAGGAACUAGAAAAGCUACAGAAAGACUGGGAAAAUAAAAAUCUUCCAGAUGUGACAAAAAAAUGUCAAGAAGAUCUGGAUUUAUUAAAAAAUACUACUCUUGAAAUUGCCAUCACAGGGGUGUCAGGUGCUGGUAAAUCAUCUCUUGUCAAUGCCCUGAGAGGAAUGACAGACUUUGAAGAUGGUGCAGCUGAGACUGGAGAGACGGAAACAACAAGGAAGCGAGAUAGCUAUCUGCAUCCCACAUUCCCAAAUGUGACAAUGUGGGAUCUACCAGGAAUUGGGACACCUAACUUUGAAGCAAAGGAAUACCUCAAGAAGGUAAAAUUUGAAAAGUACGAUUUUUUCAUCAUCAUUGCCUCAAAUCGCUUCACUGAGAAUGAUGUCCUCCUGGCUCGUGAAAUUCGUAAAAUGAACAAGAGGUUCUACUACGUGCGCACGAGAGUAGAUAGCAGUAUAGAUUCUGAGAGUAAAAAACCAAACUACAGCGAGGAGAAAUGCCUGGAAAAGAUUAGGGAAUACUGCUGUGAGAAUCUGACACAGGCAGGAGAAUCCAAUCCGCGGGUUUUUCUCAUUUCCAGAUGGCAUUUGGAUAAGUAUGAUUUUCCUCUCCUGCAAGAGACUUUGGAGGAUGAGUUGGAUGACCUCAAGAGAGAUGUUUUAAUUCUAGGGAAGGGUGAAGGUGCACAAUCCACUGCAACAUCAGGAGUUUCUGGAACUGGUGCUUUCCUCUCAAAAGCCGCCUUAAAAAUUGGCCUUGCCAAGCUGAAAGAGGCUAUGGCACAAAGCAGUCUUGAAGAGCUGGUAGUUGAGCCUCGUCAAGAAUUAGUUGCCUUAGACCAUGUCAAGCUGGACAUUGCCAUCACAGGGGUGACAGGUGCUGGUAAAUCAUCCCUUGUCAACGCCCUGCGAAACAUGACAGAUCAUGAAGAAGGUUCAGCCAAGACAGGAGUCAUGCAAACAACUAUGGAUCUCCACGGGUAUCCUCAUCCCUUAUUUCCAAAUGUAACUUUAUGGGAUCUACCAGGAUUCGGGACACUUGAAUAUGAGCCGCAAGAGUAUUUUAAGAAGGUCAAUUUUAAUCAAUAUGAUUUCUUCAUCAUUGUGGCCUCAGAACGAUUCAAUGAAAACGAUGUCCUUCUGGCCCAAGAAAUUAAGAAAAUGCAGAAGAAGUAUUAUUAUGUAUAUUCCAAGAUAGAUCUGGAUAUGGAUGCUGGGAGAAGGAGACCCAACUUCAAUGAAAACCAGGUCAUUGAGAAAAUAAAGACCUAUUGCUGUGAGAAUUUUAGAAUGGCAGGUGAGCUUUCCCCAAGGGUUUUCCUCAUGUCCAGGUGGCAUUUGAAUAAAUAUGAUUUCCCUCUCUUCCAAGAGACCUUGGAAAAGGAACUAGAUGGUCUCAAGAGACAUGCUUUAAUCCUGGCCUUGCCAGUUUUCUCAAGAGAAAUCUUGGAAAAGAAAACCACUGCUAUGGAAACCCUUAUAUGGAAAGCUGCUAUUGUGUCCUGUGUUUUGGGGGCAAUUCCUGUUCCAGGACUCUCUUUGUUCUGUGAACUUGGCAUCUUAGUAAGAACACUGCUCCAUUUCUCCAAAGUCUUUGGCUUGGAUGAAGAGUCCCUCCGCAGAGCUGCAAAACAGGUCAGCAAAGAUUACCAGGUGUUGAAAUCUGCUGUCAAAAAGUCUCCAAGGUCCAGUGAGAUCACUCCCGAAUUAGUAAUUGGUCUCUUGAACAAGUCAGUGUUCUGUGGGACCCUGAUAGUCUUUGGACUUGUCUUUGAUUUUGGACCAGUGUUGGGGUUGCUGGCUGGACCAGUUAGUUCCUUUGUCACCACACUCUAUAUGGUGAAGAGCUUUCUUAAAGACGUUGUGGAAGAUGCUGAGAGUGUCCGGGCAAAAGCUGCUGAACCUUAA